AUGCCAGCACCUCAUAAUAUCAUCAAUAUUCCUAGAGAUCGACAGAUUCAAAGAACGGUCGUGCUACUUCACCAGAACUUGGUGAAUAUCCAUGCUUUUGACGCUGCUACUAAACAAUCCAUUAAAAUUGAUAAUCGAGAGUACAUCACCCUGACACCCAACCGAAGCAAACCAACUACCUUACGUGUAUACCACGUCCCAAGUGAAGGUAAAUUGGACGCUAAACACAUUUGCCUCCGCCUGGAGAUUAUGUUUUCAUCUGCAUUUGUACGUGCGUGUGUUUGUCUGUCAGCUCGAUAACUUAUCAAGCGUAUUAAGAGGAGCUUUUUUUGUAUGUUACGUAACACGCGCUCAAAACUAAUGCGUAUAAUAUAUCGCUUGAGGUUAUGACUAAAUUCAAAAUUUUUAUCUAAAUUAAAUUUUUUUUCGAUACGUUUCUCAAUCGGCAAACAAACUUAAAAAGUGUGUUUAGUGCUUUAUCUGUAAAAUAAUGUCAAAAUGAAGAGAUUUUAGAUGAUACGCCAAAGAGAAAAUGAUGUUUGAAGUUCAGUAAGUUUUGCUUAUAUGGCUGUAAAUAUGGCGUCAGUUUUAAAGCAUCAUUGAUAUUCGUAUUUUAAUUGACAACUAUUAUUUUAUGUUUCUCAACCGGCAAAUGCAUUUAAAAAGGUAACUAACUCUAUAAACUAGAGAAUAAAGCUAAAAGAAAGUAAUUUUGAGAGGAACGCCAAAAAGAUUUUAGGUUUUGAACGCUUUUCAUUGCGAAUACGUGACAUUGAAAAAAAUUGCCUCUUAAUACGAAAAUUUUCGGGACUAAUAGAUAUUGCUCAAGCACAAACUGGAUAAAUUUUGGUUAAAUUUGGGCGUGAAAUUGCAAACGUUUGUGUUGCAAUUUGAAUCUCUGUUGGCAAUGUGAACUGCGAUUAUUUCAUAACAACAGUGGAUCAAAACGAAUUUAAAAUUUCAAAGAUGUGAAGUUCGUAAAUUUUAUAAUACAGGGUGUAUCAAAAUAAACGCAAUUCAUCUUUUGUGCUUAAUAACUUUCGAAAUACUAUUUCUAGUUAAACGCUUUUAGGCUUUCUUCAAAGCCUGUUCUUUUCUCUUUCAAACAAACUAUUAUCCUUGUCUCCAAUGCUAGUAAUAAUUGCGCAGGAAAAGAUUUAGUAAAACCUAUCAUUUUUAGUUGCUGUUUAAUUAUGCAAGUUUACUAUGUUAUUGUUUAGUCGGUUUAAAUGUUAGAAUUUUCUUCUUUAAACUUUAAUGUUGUCGUCACUACAUCUGGAAAACCACGUAAGAAUAAAUUAAAUGUAUUUUAAAAGAGACCAGGUUGUUUGAAAAUCCUAAACGAAUGCUAAAAAUCGUCAAAACAUACUGGUGUCUGAGCCAGAGUGCAUGUCAUCGAAUUGCGAUGUAAUGCAUGUAAACAGAAAUUAUAGCAAGUUGAUGUCAGUCAGCUUAGAUGGUCCAAGCCAAAAUUAUAUCGCAUUUGAAGUUUAAAACUGAGUUAAAAAUAGUGGAAGAAAAGCCGUAAUUAUACUUAUUGUUACAAUCCAUUUAAUAAAAUGCAACAUUUUUUUGUUUUAAUGAAAAAAUCAGUUAUUUUCAUGAGAACGAUUUGUUAUUCCAUCUCAAUUUUUUUAAUCUCCAAUCGCAAUAACGUAAAGUAUUAUUACCCGCAAACCAAUGAGUCAAAUUUAAGAAACAACGCACUGUUAGAAAGCUGAAUGGCCACGCUUUAAAAUGAAUGUAAACUUUAACGUUUUCGUCUAUUAUUUGUUUAGCAAUUUACAUUUCAGUCGAGGAUUGCGCUUUUUUUUAUACACCCUGUAUAUGCAUGUAUAAUUGAUUAUUUAUUUCUGUUCUAGGGCCUUAUUUUGCUUCCUUCACCAUAAAGAAUCUUCGCACACAAGCAAUCUUCAUUCAGACAAAUUUCCAGCCAUCGGGACAAUUCCUUCGACUAGACCCAGGCAAAGUUAUGUCGCGCAAUUUGGAA